AUGCUACAAGCAAUAAGCGGCGAACAUGAUUCGCAUCACAACACCACGGUGCGGAACUCUCUAGCCUCUCUCACAGCCUCCCGGACAGAUGGCAAGAAGCAUCUUCUUUUGGCAGCCUCCGGCUCCGUGGCAACGAUCAAGAUCCCCGAGAUCAUCAAGGCCCUUAGCCCCUACUCCCCCGGGCUCUCGAUCCGGGUCAUCCUGACGCAGUCGGCGCAGCACUUCCUGGCCGGCCAGGCCGCCGAGCAGCCGACCGUCUCGUCGCUGCUGGACCUGCCCGGCGUCGACGCCGUGUACGACGACGCCGCCGAGUGGCAGGAGCCCUGGCGGCGCGGCGCGGGCAUCCUGCACAUCGAGCUGCGCCGCUGGGCCGACGUCCUGGUCGUCGCUCCGAUGUCCGCCAACACGCUCGCCAAGGUCGUCAACGGGCUGAGCGACAAUUUACUAACAAGCGUCAUCCGUGCAUGGGACACGGAUGGCAAAGUCGACGGCGUCAGAAAGCGUAUUUUGGUAGCUCCUGCAAUGAACACCGCCAUGUGGCAGCACCCCAUCACAGCAAAGCAGAUACGUGUGCUGGAGGAAGACUGGGGCAUCAAAGAAGGGGCGGCCGACACCGAGCAAGGCUGGUUCGAAGUAUUGAGACCGCAAGCGAAGAUACUGGCCUGUGGGGACAUAGGAGGCGGCGGAAUGAAGGAGUGGAAGGAGAUCGUGGAAGUGAUCAAGGAGAGAAUGGGCUUGGGUUCAGGCGGACAAGCCGCGUGA